AUGCUACCACUUACUAACCUUUUACGCGGGAACAACCGUGAGUUUUCUUUUCCUGACACAGCUGUAGAGGCUUUCAAUCGUGCGAGGAAGGCUCUUGCGGAUACAACUGUCCUUGUUCACCCUAUACCUGAUGCCCCACUUUCUAUUGUGGCCGACGCCUCUAAUUUCGCUAUAGGUGCUGCCCUUCAGCAACAGACGCCCACUGGCACCCAGCCCUUGGCUUUCUACUCUGCCAAAUUGACACCCCCACAAACUCGCUAUAGCACUUUUGGUAGAGAACUUCUUGCAAUCUAUUUAGCCAUUAAGCAUUUUCGUAAUUAUAUUGAGGGCCGAGAUUUUUGUAUUUAUACUGACCACAAGCCUCUUACUUAUGCCCUCUCUACUUCUUCUGACAAGUAUUCACCCCGCGAGGCCCGCCAUCUCGAUUUUAUUUCUCAGUAUACCACCGACAUUCGAUUUCUUAAAGGCCUUUAUAAUCAAAUUGCUGACUGUCUUUCUCGGCCUGGCAUUAAUGCCAUCACCCGCCCUUCCAUCGAUUUGGAGCGCAUGGCAGAACUGCAAAAUCAGCCGACUUUCAGUGAGAGCCUUCAACACACUAAUCUUCAACUCGAAGCCAUUCCUCUUUCCGCCACUCCCGGUACAAUCUUUUGUGACGUAUCGCACGGUGCCUCCCGACCCGUAGUGCCAAGCGAGAUGAGACGAGAUGUUUUUGCCGCGUUGCACAAUCUAGCUCACCCUGGCAUCCGCACUACCUAG